UAAUUCAUUAUUAUGACUAAUAAGUCCAUCGAUAUCUGCCCCCGAGGGAUUAUUCAAUCGUCAGUCAAUCGAUAUUUAAUCGAGACAAACAAUAUCUGCGUCCUUUGAUAACAAGGGAGCUGAGUAACUACUCAAUAACAAUUAUCAAUGAGGUGUAUCGUCCCUCAGGAUGGGAUUAGAUUUUUUUGAAGACCUUCCCCCAGUUUUUCCAUCAUUCAAUGUCGACUAUCAAUAACUCUGCUAUAAAAUAGUUGUGAUAGACAUCGAGAGGAUCAGUGUCUGCUCAUAAUGCGUUCAUUAUUCAUUACGAUUUUUGUUUCAUUGAAAUUUGGAUGGAUUGUUAAAAGCCUCCCAUCUGAGGUCAGAAUCAUUGGUGGUGCAGAAACAGGAAUCGAAGCAUAUCCCUACGUCGUUUCUCUGCAAUACAAUGGAACUUUCGAUGGAUACGACGUCGAACAUUUUUGUGCUGGAGUCAUCAUUAAUGAGAGGUGGAUUGGGACGGCAGCUAAAUGUAUCGAUAAGAGAAAACCAGGAGAAUUCAAUGUACGAGUGGGUUCAAAGUAUUACUUCAAAGAGGGAGUGAUUCAUGAGAUCGAUAGUCUUCUGAUACAUCCGAAAUACACAGAGAUUGAAUGGGAUUAUGAUGUCGGUCUUAUCGAGGUGCAUAAACCAAUUGAGUUUGAUCUUAAAACUCAACCAGUUCAGUUGCCUCUCCCUCACCAGGAACUACCUGCAGGAACAAAUCUAGCGAUUGUCGGUUGGGGGGCUACGAAGCUACUCGGACCUCCCUCACCUGUAAUUAACGCCAAUAUCGUACCAGUGAUAAGCCAAUCGAUGUGUGAGGAUAGCCUCGGACACUUUACUGUCACACCACGAAUGUUCUGCAUCUUUAAACAUGGGAACGGACCUUGCGUUGGUGACACUGGUUCCCCAGGUGUCGUAAACAAUACACUUUUUGGUUUAGCAUCGUGGAGUCCAUCCUGCGCCUAUCAAUAUCCCACCGUUUACACGAACCUAUCAACUACUGUCGACUGGAUCAAUCAGAUCAUAAGGGCACCAUCUGCGCCUCUUUCGCCGAAAUUUCGCGAAUAAAUCAAUUUUUCUUUCGAUCAUUCAUAAAAAUACAAUUAUUGCUAAGAACUCAUUUUUUUAUUGAAAUCUUCAUAGGAAAAUAAACAUAAACACAGCCGGGAAGCCGGAGGCUAAAGACAAUUUUAGGACAAUAAUUGAGGUAGUGCUGGUCGAUCAAAGGAUCGACUUAUGUCGAGACAAUAGCGAGAAGAGCCUUCUUGUAGUUCCCGGAGGUAUCCCCACUGAUCCAGCUCUCCAGGGACUUCCCAUA